AUGGGCAUCCGUCACAGCAACAACCCAUGUAGUAGUUUGCUGUUAUGUUUUGUUGUCUUGCUACUGCUGGUGUCAUCAUGUUCAGGCAAUAGCAAUGUUGGCGUCAGAUGCAUGGAGAGUGAGAGACAACAACUCCUCGACUUCAAGGAAGGCCUCAUGGAUCCUUUCGGGAGGCUUUCGUCUUGGGUUGGGUUGGAUUGCUGCAAAUGGCAAGGCGUGAGAUGCAAAAACCGAACUGGACAUGUCACAGUGCUCAAUCUCCAAAACUAUCAUUUGGGAGGUACAAUAAAACCUUCUUUGCUUCACUUGAAACAUUUGACUCACUUGAAUCUUGCUGAGAAUUUUUUUGGGGGGACCCAGAUUCCCAAGUUCUUGGGCAUGUUAAACAACUUGAGAUACCUUGAUCUCCAUAGCUCAGGCUAUGGUGGAGAGAUUCCGCCCCAUCUUGGGAACUUGUCGCACUUGCAGGUUCUUUACCUGGGUGGGAAUUUCGGCUUGCGUGCCGAAAGCCUUGUUUGGCUUUCAGGUUUAUCCUCACUGGAAUCUUUAGAUCUAGCAAGGGUAGACCUUUAUGACGUAAGAGGGUCUUGGUUGAAAGCAGUGAACAUGCUUCCUUCUCUUGUGAGAUUAUAUUUGGAUGGUUGCCAACUUAAAAGCCUUGACCUCACCCUCCCAUCACUCAACCUCACAUCACUUGAGGUCCUCGAGUUGUUUGACAAUCCAAUCAAGUCUCCAUUACCGCACUGGUUCUCUAACCUAACCAAUCUUCAAGUGCUUGAUCUAAGAUCGAAUAACUUCUAUGGUUCCAUCCCGUUUUGGAUUGGAAGUUUGUGCAAGUUGAGAAUAUUGAGACUCAAUUCUAACCGUCUUCACGGUGGAAUCAUGGGGGUUUUGGACCGUUUCUCAGCUUGCCAAAAUAAUAGCUUGGAGAUCCUCUAUUUAGGAGGCAAUUAUCUAGUAGGAAGUCUUCCGCAAUCAUUAGGAGCACUGAGGAAUUUGCAAGAACUUGACCUCAACACUAAUUUCUUUUGGGGUUCAAUUCCGGCUUCUAUAGGGAAUUUGUCAUCCUUGGAAUUAUUGGAACUCUCUGAUAAUAAUUUCAAUGGCACAAUACCCGAAAGUUUCGGGAGACUAGCUAAGCUAUCAACCGUGAGCCUAGUAUCGAACCAAAUGGAAGGUGUUUUGACAGAAACCCAUUUAGCUAACCUCACAAGACUGGAUUCUUUCAGGCUCACAACGUACCAUAAUAAGUCAUUGGUUUUCAAUCUGAAACAUGACUGGGUUCCUCCUUUCAGGCUUACAACUUUGGUAUUAAUUAAUUGCUUGAUAGGUCCUUCUUUUCCAGUUUGGCUUCUAGUUCAAACCAAUCUUUCCUAUGUUAUAGUCUCAAAUGCUGGGAUUUCGGACAUCGUAGAAGAAGAAUGGUUUGCCAGGUUAUUUUCUAGUUGUUGGUUUGUAGACCUGUCAAACAAUUCAAUCACUGCCAAGCUACCCCCCAGAAUUUUCUCGGAAAUGUUGGAAAAAGUUGAUCUAAGUAGGAAUAAUUUCGUGGGCCAAAUCCCACUUUGGGAGACCAACGCAACGCAACUGUAUCUGCAAAGAAAUUCAUUUUCAGGUUCUAUUCCAGAGAACAUCGGGGAACUAAUGCCACGGUUGAAAACAUUUUUUGUUUCUCGGAACCAGAUUAGCGGCAGGCUGCCAUCAUCAAUAUGCAAGAUGAUGGGGCUAAAAUUUCUCUCUGUAAGCCACAACAGAUUGUCUGGACAACUUCCAGAUUGUUGGAAUAAAUUGAGAAGCUUGAAAGCUGUGGAUGCCUCCAACAACAGCCUAUCUGGUGAAAUCCCAAGUUCCCUAACUUCGUUAUGUCACCUCAUUUUAUUAAUGUUGGGUGACAAUAAUCUUCAUGGUGAUAUUCCUUUUCCACCAAAUAGUUGUCGGCAAGUACCAUUGCUUUAUAUUCUACAACUUCGGUCGAACCUGCUUGGUGGGAACAUUCCUGAAGAAAUUUGUCGUCUUUCUAAUAUGCGCAGUUUGGAUCUUUCAAACAAUCAUCUUAUUGGGUCAAUUCCGAAAUGUUUGCACAAUUUCACCGCCUUGAAAUAUGGCAACAGAAGUUUGGACUAUGAAGAGUUAUUUGAUCUCCAGGAUGGCACCAUUAAUGAGCAAACGAUGCUGGUUGGGACCAAGGGAAGAGAGCUUGAAUAUAGCAGAACCCUUCUGGAGGUCAAGAACAUUGACCUUUCCGAGAAUAAUCUUAUUGGAGAAUUCCCCAAAGGGAUAUGCAGGUUGGCUUUUCUGGACACGUUGAAUUUGUCGACAAAUUAUUUAAGUGGAAGCAUUCCCGAUAACAUUGGUGACAUGCGAUGGUUGGAGUCCCUUGAUUUGUCGGUCAACAAAUUUUCAGGUCCGAUUCCUUCGAGCCUAUCAUCACUAACGCUCUUGAAUCACUUGAAGCUGUCUUACAACAACUUGUCGGGAAGAAUUCCAACAGGAUAUCAGCUCCAAACGCUCAACGAUUCCUCCAACUACCAAGGCAAUCCAUUGUUGUGUGGGGUUCCGCUCUUAACAAGGUGUCCAGGAGACAUUAACUCUCCUCCCACACCAUCAUCUCUGGGUGGUUCAAAAGACAAGCUGUGGCUCUAUCUUAGCAUCGCUAUGGGAUACAUUGUAGGAUUUUGGGGUGUUUGUGGUACCUUAGUUAUGAAAGAGUCAUGGAGGCAAGCUUAUUUCCGGUAUGUUGAUGAGCUGAAGGAAAAAUUGUUACUUUGGAUAGCAUUGACAAGUGCUCGCUCGCGAAGGAUGAUUGAGAAGGGAAAUAAUUAA